AUGGCGGAAGCGGAGCAACAACAGCGUCAGCAACAGCAACAACAAGAAGAUCAUAAGGAAGAGAGCGGCGAGAAGGACUCGGAUGUCGUGAAGGGGCCAUGGAGUCCCGAGGAGGAUGAGCUGCUAAUGGAGAUAAUCGCCAAAUACGGGCCGCGCAAUUGGUCGCUCAUUGCUCAGGGGCUCAAAGGGCGCUCCGGCAAGAGCUGUCGACUUCGGUGGUGCAAUCAACUGAAUCCCGAAGUAAAUAAAAAUCCGUUCACGGACGAAGAGGACAGAAUAAUCGCACUGGGACACGCGGAGCACGGCAACAAAUGGUCCGUCAUUGCGAAGAGCCUGCGCGGUCGCACUGACAACGCGAUUAAGAACCACUGGAAUUCCACGUUGAAGCGGAAAUACCCCGCCAUUCUCGCGGAAAUCAUCAAAAAUAGGACCGCGCGCGUGAUCGAUUCGCCGCGCGACGCCCCAGCCAGCUCCCCCAGAAGCGACGGCCGGGUUUCCCCUUCCCCCUACUACUCCGGUGUCCCGCUCUACGCUCCAAUGUACGCUCCCGGAGGCGCCGGUGGCGCGGGAGGCGGCGCGAACUUUUUCUCGCACCGUGAGAGUCCGUCUCCGCUUUCGUCGGGUAGCGCGGGCUGCGGAAGCGCGGCGCACUCGCGGCGGAGCAGCAUGGACGGCUGCUCCGCAAGCUCCGCCAAGGCGGAAAACGUGCGCAUGCUUGCGGACGUCCUCCGCCGCCUCGCCACCGCAUCCAGCGGCGGCGCCGCCGGCUCCGCAUGCCCGUCUCCUCCGCCAGGCGGCGCGGCGGGCGUCGCUCCUCCUUCCGCCUCCGCCGUUUCAGCCGCUCGCCUAGCGUUUCCGCGCAGCGGAAGUCUCGACUCUCCCGUUCUCCGCCAAUCUCUGCGCGACCCCACUCCACUCGUUCCUUCCGCCAUGGGGGCAUGCGGGGGAACGUUUGGCGGCGGAUGGGGCGGCGGAGCGCCGGCGGUGGGGGAAUACGACCUUGAGUAUCUUCAGGCCGCGAAGCGGCUGCGCUUUGGUGGGGGGGACAUAGCUUGCGCGGAGCUUGGCGGAGCGUCUGGCGGACUGUCUGGCGGAAGCGGCGGGCUGAGGGGAAGCGCAGGGUUGGGCGGAAGUGGAUACGGCAGCGCCGCCGCCAACCUGGGGAACUUUGGGGGGUCCCUUCUCGGAAACUCCCUCCUGGGGCGCACGGCAAGCGGAGGAGCUGGGGCACUCGGGGGAAGCUCUUUCGGGGGAGGUGCUUACUGCGGGAGCGGCGAGAACUACCUUUCCGCGGGCGCUUUCUCCCCCCUUGGCGGAGGUACGGCGGGGAAUUCGGGUUGCCGCGGUUCCCCCUCCCCCCAUGGCGUUAUGCGCUUCCCCUCCAGUGUGCGGAGCUCCAUGGGCGGAGGGGAUUCCCCCUCCUCCCUUGCCGCCAUGGCUGCCGCGGCUGCAGCGGGAUUCGCGCCGCCCUUCGCUCACAUGCCUCUGCACCCCUUUCAGCCGCUACAGUCUGCGGAGCCUAUGUCCAAUCCCGCUGCUGCAGCCGCUGCCACCGCUGCCACUGCUACAGCCGCUACAACCGCCGUUGGUGAUUCCUUGAUGUUAGGGGAGCUUGGAGGGGAGAUGUUGGAUUCGGGGGUGCGCCAUGCCUCAGUUGAAGCCCUGGCUCAGAUUCUUGCAGGGGAUAUUCAGGCGGUGCCCAAUGCUGGUUUCGCUUCAGGUUACAACGGGAAUUUCAAUGCAGGUUUCAGUGGAGCAGAUGCGUUGAUGCCUGCAACUGGUGGUGCAGAGGAAGCUGCUAAGGGCUCUGAUUUGGAAUGCUUGCUGAAUGGUCAGUUUCAGCAGCCGCUGCUUCAGCUGCAGCAGCUACAGCAGUUGCGGCAGCUGCAGUUGUUGCAGCAGCAGCAGCAGCAGCAGCAGGAGCAGGAGCAGAUGCAGCAGGAGGGUUUAGCUGAGGAAGAUUCUGGAUCGCUUCUGAGUUUCCUUGCUUCUGAUUGGCCGCAGCUGAAGGAGGCUGUGGCAGCAGGAGCUCGAGCAUUGAAUGCUGCAGAUAUGCCCAGCUCCAGCAAAUAA